UUAUCCAAAACACUAUCUUCGCUCCAUCCACUCCACCGUAGAACUUGAACCAUCGUGUUGACCCAGCCAGCUGACCGAGCUCCUGUAUGCAAGCAAUGGCGCCGUCGCCGUGGCUGCCGGAAUUCGACCUGACAGACAUGGUCGCCGGCCGUGCCUUUGUCGAGCGCCUCACCACCGACGCCGCGGCACUCCAGCGAGAGCUCCUCACAGAGAUCCUCAAGCGGAACGCCCGCACCGAGUACCUCCGCCCCUUCCUCCUCCUCCCGGAUGGCGGCUUGCCACCGGACGGCGACCUCCGGGAGGCCUUCAAGAAGCUUGUGCCUGUCUCCGGCUACAACGACAUCAAGCCGUACGUGGAUCGCAUCGCCACCUCCGGCCGCGAGUCAUCCACCAAUCUCCUCUGCUCCGAGCCCAUCACCCACCUCAUCAGAAGCUCGGGCACGUCUGGUGGGAAGCAGAAGAUCUUCCCGUCCACCGCGGAGGAGCUUGACCGGAAGCUCUUCUUCUAUGGCGUCCAGGCACUCGUGAGGAACAUGCAUCUGCAUGCUGACCAGGAGAGCAAGCGCGGCAUGGGGAUGCGCCUCACCCUCACCUUCCCCGUCGAACACACGCCGUCCGGCCUUCACGUCCAGGCCGCCACCACCGCCUACUACUGCAGCAGCCAGUUCCGGGACCAGGAGGUGGGCGGGUUCGACCGGUGCACCAGCCCCAUGGAGGCCAUCCUUUGCCCGGACGCCGAGCAGAGCAUGUACUGCCAGCUGCUCUGCGGCCUGCUCCACCGCGACUCCGUGGACCACGUGGGCACCUCCUUCGCCAACAGCCUCGUGCGAGCCAUCAAGUUCCUGCAGCACAACUGGGAAGAGAUGUGCUCCGACAUCCGCACCGGCAGCCUCAGUGGCCGGAUAACGCACGCGCCCUUGCGCGACGCCGUCAUCCAGCGAUACCUACGAGGGCCAGACCCGGCACUGGCGGACGAGGUCGCGUCGGAGUGUGCCGCCAAGCCCUGGGACGGGAUUGUCGCCAGACUAUGGCCGCGGGCACGGUGUGCCCUCACCAUUGUCACCGGCUCGAUGGCGCAGUACAUUCCGAUUCUCCGGAGCUACUGCGGUGGCCGGUUGCCGAUCGUCUCACCCUGUUAUGCGUCUACUGAGUGCGCCGCCGGAGUCAAUCUAAGGCCUCUCGACCCACCCGGCCGUGCGUCGUAUGCAUUGCUUCCCAACAUCGCCUACUUCGAAUUUGCUGAGAUCCAGCCUCGUGAUGAAGAAACUCCUACUGUUGAUGGAGAUGGCGAUCCGGGUGAGAUGAAGCUUGUGGAUCUUGUGGAUGUCGAAAUUGGUCGGUCCUAUGAGCUGGUUGUCACCACCUUUGCAGGUCUUUACAGGUACCGAGUUGGUGACCUUCUCACCGUGACUGGCUUCUACAACGCAACGCCGUUGUUCCUCUUCUCGGGACGACAUGAUGUCAUCUUAAGCAUAGACCAUGAGAAGAUAAGCGAGGAGGAAUUACUCAGGGCAAUUUCAAAGGCUAUUGAGCUCCAUCUUGGCCCUCUUGGGUACAUGCUCAGUGGAAGCACCGCCAUUGCAGACAUAUCCAAGUUGCCAGGCCACUACGUCCUGUUCUGGGAGCUAACCAACGCAAGGAGUAACCACGUGGUUGGCGACAUCCCCGAUCAAACUGUCAUGGAGAAUUGUUGCUCGACAGUUGAAGAAUGCUUCGACCAAAUGUACUGCAAAAUCAGGCAGCGCGCGAACAUCACCGCGCUUGAGAUAAGGGUGCUUGAGCAGGGCGCGUUCGACGCUCUGAUGGACUUCUUCGUGUCUAGAGGCGCAUCGGCGGGCCAGUACAAGACUCCAACGGCUAUUCGGUCAAAAGAAGCGAUGAUGGUGUUGGAAGAGAGGGUGGUGGCAAGGUUCUUUAGCAAAGAAAUUCCCCGUGGUUCUCUAUAUGAUGAUUACGUGAAGAAAUGAUUGAUGCCCUGAUGGCUUGAUUAGAAGACGAGUGUUUUACUCAUGUGUAUGGAUACGUAUGUGUUAAUCCCCAUGGAAAUGCAAUAAAUAUGGUUAGAGACUA